CCACAACAAAUAAUUUGAAGAUGAGCUCCAUAUCAUUGUCCUUUGAGGCUCUGAAAAAUUCCAUCAAGAUUAUGUCUCCCUUGCCACAACUUCUUUUCAAUGAAGGCCUGAAGCACAAUUUAGGGUUUAAGCGCCUCAUUUUUUCCCCCACUUUUUCAACCAUUGAAAUUGAAGCUCGAUAGGUUGUUAGGAUCUUUAAAUCCAUGAGGCAGAAGCAUCUUCAAGUACUCAUAAUAUAAACUUUAGGGCUAUGUGUUCAAGAGUAAAAGUUUAAGGACUAAAGGGUUCUUUCUCUCUGGAUGCUAGAAAUAGGUAGAAACCAGAGACUAGAAAGCGUAAUUAAGUGGUGACCCUGGCGGGCAAAACAAAAAAUCCAUUUGCAAGGACAGCGGUAAACAAAGGAAAUUGUGGAGUGGAGAUACUUUGGAUAAGAGAUUCUUCUGACUAUGCCUUCCCCAUUGGGUCGAGCACAAAGCACUAUCCAAAUGGAGCUCUGAAUCACCUCUUCCAUUCUUGGAUUCUUUUUCUUCUUCAAUGGAAUCAUGUUUUUCUUCAUGGUCAGCAACCUUGAUUCCGCCCCUGAAUCUACCACUAACAAGAGGUGGAGGGAGUGCCAAAUUUAUUGCCAUUUUGCAUAGAAAAAGAAGAUUCAAACCUUGUAAUAUUAGGAGUAUAAGUCACAAAGCCUCAGCCGCAGCUUUUACAUACAGAAACUUUGUUCAUUAUGCUUUGGAAGAAACCAAACUCCAUACCCAUUUGUCCCCUUCUCCAUUGCAGGAGAAAUUCAGUUCAAACUUGGACAUGGGUGAAAAAGCAAACUUUGAAAUGCUUUCUUUUGAAGCCCCAAAGAUUCGGCUCCUCCGCAGUCUCUAUAUUGAAGGGAGUGACGGAAUGCAGGUCUUGGAUUUUGCUGUUUUCCCCAGAAUCGAAUAUGAUCUGCCUAUCUUUUGUGCGAACUUUUUUACAACUGCCAAAAUGAACAUAAUCGUACUUGAUCUUAACCCUUUGCAUGAUGUCAUCAAUCAAAUAGAUUACAAGGAGAAGUAUUACAAGCACCUUUUUCCUCUUGGCCUUAAGUAUUCUCAGCUUUUACCCUGGGGAGGAAAACUUACCAGUGAGUCAUUAAGAUUUUUCUCUCCUAUAGUUUUAUGGACAAAAUUUUCCUCUGGUCCUCACAACCAUAGCAUUUUGUAUUCUGCGUUCAAGGAUUACUUUAAGGCAUGGCUAAAUCUGAUUGACACAGCAGUGGAGGACACUGAUGCUUCUCAAAUCAUUUGCAAUCGUGAAGCACAGCACAGGUACCUGACAUGGAGGGCAGAAAAGGAUCCUGGGCACGGACUUCUGAAACGACUGAUAGGAGAGACUCUUGCCAAGGAGCUGACUAUGAACUUCCUCUUCAACGGCACUGGUGAGCUAGGGAGCAAAAGUUUUCUGGAUUACUUUCCAGAGUACAAACGCGAAGAUGGAGGCAUAAACGAGAAGCGAAGUAUGGUUGGAAAGUCUUUUGAAAAUCGGCCAUGGGAUGCGGAAGGAAAUUUCAUCGGUGAUACACCUCAACACAAUUCAUCACUCUCAAAUUUAGAUCAUUAAGAAUGUGAUGUUUUCAGGUUUUGUUUUCUACAUUGUUGUAAUAUAGGGACAUACAUUCAUCAAUACUGAGUAUGCCACUACAUAAGAACAGGUUGUUUAUGGAAAAUAUCACACAUUCUCAUGAAAUCACUUGCUUCUU